CCACUGUCAGAGCAUUAGUGUGUCAUCCGGUUGAGGAGCAGGGGUGCUGGGAGCGAGCCGUCCUUCGGCUGCUAAGACAGAGUUAUAUCAAUGCACAGAAGCGGACGGCUCGGUUGGCUGCAAUCUGACGAAGCAGCGACUGAAUGAAACCAAAACCGACUCAACUUCACUGAGGCAGCUGCCAGUCCCUCGCCUGUGUUGUGCAUCACCCUUCCAGGCUGGGCCAUGAAUAAACAACCAAGCAAGGAGAGUCUCAAGGACAAGGUGAAGGGGAUCUUUGGGCUGGGUACACAGCGUCCUCCGAACAAACAGAGCGACACUAAACCCUCCGAGUUUAUCAUUACGGCUGACAUCAUCAAGGAGCUCCACCCAGAUUGUGGUCUGAGCAACCGUGUUCGCACUAUGAACCACAUCUGUGAGCUCGCCAAAAUGAAAAAGUUUGAGGAGCAUGCAGUGGAGGCUGUAUGGAAAAAUGUGGAAGACAUGCUGACUCCAGAGCAGCCACCAGAAGCCAGACAUGCCGUCCUGCAGCUGCUCAGGGCCAUUAUACAGGGGCAGGGUGAACGACUUGGCCCUCUGAGAGCCUACUUUUUCAAGGUAAUCAGAGACUACCAGCCAUGCAAUGAAGACCUUUCUGACAGACUGGAGGUGUUUAAGGCUUUAACAGAGAAUGGGAAGGAUAUCACAUACCUGGAAGAGGACAUAGCACGCUUUGUCCUCCUGUGGAUGGAUAUAGGCCUUACCUCUGACUUUCUCCAUGUUCUUGUCAAUCUGGUGAAAUUCAAUAGCUGCUACUUGGACCAAAAUGUUUCCAUCAUGGUCCAGAAAAUUUGCCUGCUGUGCAACAGAACGACGUCUUCGACUGAUAUUGAGGUGGCUCUGCAAGUGCUCGAUGCAGUUGUGUGUUACAACUGCCUGCCCUCUGACUCUUUAACCGUCUUCAUAAUCACACUCUGCCGUACGGUCAACGUCAAAGAGUUUUGCGAGUCCUGUUGGAAGUUAAUGAGAAAGGUUUUGGGGACUCACCUCGGCCAUAGUGCGAUUUACACCAUGUGUCGCAUUAUGGAGGAAAGUUCUUCUUUGAUCUGUCCCUCCACCAGGGUGUAUAUGGAGGAUGCACCGUUGUUAAGAGGAGCAGUUUUCUUUGUUGGAAUGGCACUUUGGGGCGCACACAGACUGCCUGCACUCAAAAAUACACCGACGCUUGUUCUGCCAUCUUUCUACAAGGCCAUGUCAUGCGCCAACGAGGUGGUCUCCUACGAAAUUGUUCUUUCAAUAACAAGACUCAUCAAAAAGUACGGCAAAGAGCUACAGGUGGUCACUUGGGACAUCCUACUCGGCAUCAUAGAGCGACUGUUGCAACAGAUUCAGACAAUAGGCAGUGCGGAGCUAAAGGCCAUUGUUUAUGAACUGUUGACCACCGUGGAAGAGCUUUAUGAACAAAACGGUUACCACGGCUCCACUGAGAAGUUUUUCAGCCUGGUGGAGAAAUGUGCUGAUAAAAGACCAGAUGCAUCAGUGCUGACACUUAUCUCCUACAGGGCUCAGUCUAUCCAGCCUGCUAAAGAAGGCUGGAUUCAGAGCCUUCACCGGCUCAUGGAGAAAUUCUUCAGGAACGAGACUCGCAGUGUGAUAAGAAUCAAAGUGCUUCAUAUCCUGUCCUUCGUUCUCAGCACCAACCGGCAGCUCUAUGAGGAUGAAUUGAUUGAAAUGGUGGUGAUUCCCCAGCUCAGUGGGAUUGCUGAAGACCGGGAUUUGGCAGUUAGAAAACAGGCUACUCAGCUAUUAGUGGACCUUGCUGAGGGCUGCAACACGCACCACUUCACCAGCCUGCUGGACAUCAUUGAACGGGUGGCUAGCCGCUCUCUGGUGUGUUCAGGGCCCCUAGAGGUUUCUGAGAGAGACCCCACAGCAGAGUCUCCUAUGGAGGAUGUUAGGACUUCUAUUUUGGGCCUGCUUGAAAUCCUGCAGAGCAAACUUUACAGUCUGCCUGCCAGCCAUGCGAGUCGUGUUUAUGAGUUGCUUAUCAGCCACCUGCAGCUCCAUUACAAGAACAAGUACUAUUCAACUAUUGCCUCCACUAUUAGACUACAGGUGUUUGACUUCUUCCUCAUGAUGCGUGCAGACUCUCUUCACCGUCUUGGGGUCCCAAACAAAGAUGGUGUCAUGAGAUUCAGCCCUUAUUGCUACUGUGAUAUAGGGGAACCAGAGAAACGUGUUGGUGAAAAGAAGCCAGCAGGUUCAACCUCUCCGCCUGCUGGCAGCCCUGCUCCUCCUGCUGCUCCUCCCACUUCAGCAGCCUCAACACGCUCAGCCUAUCUUCCCUAUUCGCCUGCCUUCAGUGUCCUCCUGCAGUGCCUCAAGAUGGAGACAGAUUGGAAGGUGCUGAAAUUGGUUCUUGACAAGCUGCCGUGGAUGCUGCAGUACAAAGUGUUGCUGCUCACAUCACCAUGCAACUUAGAUCAGCUGUGUUCUACACUGUGCUGCAUGGUGACAGAUCGUCUCAUCUCAGAGCGAUUGAAAAAGACUCCAGAGGGGUUUUCGCGCACAGAUGUUCAGCUGGCAGUGAUUCCUGUUCUUACAGCAAUUACCUCCUACCACAACUACUUGGAGCAGUCAAGACAGAGAGAACUGGUUCAGUGCCUCGAGACUGGGCUCAUUUACCGCUGUGCCAAGCAGUGUGUGGUGGCCCUUACAAUGUGCACGGUGGAGAUGCCUGAUAUCAUGAUCAAGCUUCUUCCUGCUCUUAUCGUCAAGCUCACUCACAUCUCUGCUACUGUUGCCAUGGCAUCUCCUAUGCUCGAGUUUCUCUCCACCCUCGUGCGCCUUCCCCAUCUGUAUGCCAACUUUGUAGCUGAGCAGUAUGUCAGCGUCUUUGCCAUCUCACUACCUUACACUAACCCCUCAAAGUUCAACCAGUACAUUGUGUCCCUGGCCCACCAUGUGAUUGCCAUGUGGUUCAUACGCUGCAGACUACCCUUCCGCAAGGACUUUGUUCAGUAUAUCACAAAGGGUUUGCGUUCCAACGCCCUUAUGCCAUUCGAUGACAGUCAUGAGCAGAGUCCGUUUCGUGCCCGAAGCACCAGCCUCAAUGAGAGACCCAAGAGCCUGCGGGCAGCAAAAGUGGCAAAGGCAGCAGCAGCGGUAGCCAAUAGCAGCAGCUCUCCAGUUAAAGAGCUGAGGGACCUUUCAGCCAUGGACGCUUUCCGCUCCCGCAGCAUCAGCGUCUCCGAACAUGCGGUCCGCAGGAUGCACACCUCAACCACCACGUGCAGUCUGGGCUCUGCCGAUGAAAAUGCAGUAACUCAGGCCGAUGAGGGGCUGAAGACUGUACACCUAGAGCUCACAGAGACUUGUCUUGACAUGAUGGCACGAUAUGUGUUUUCCAACUUCUCUGCACUGCCGAAGAGGUCUCCCAUCGCAGAGUUCCUGUUAGCAGGAGGCCGCAGUAUGACCUGGUUGGUGGGCAACAAGUUGGUCACCAUAACAACCAGCGGAGGGGUCAGAACACAAGCGCUGCUGGGCCUGGACAUGGCUGAUCGCCUGGGAGGAGGAGGAGGGGAAAUGACCAGGUCAGACCCAUCACUACACACCCGAAUGACCAAAGAGGCUCCAGCCAAAUUGGAGUCACAGUCAAGCCAGCAGCACAACAGAGCUGCACGCAUACGAGUUCGCUCCAUGUCAGGUGGUCAUGCUCUACGUGCCGGUCCCGCUCAGAGUCUCAGUCCUCUGGUGUCUCCCUCUGAGGGUGAGUUGACUGCUCCACUCUCUCCCUCCUCUGGUCCUGCUCUGGAUAGUUUAGGUCCAUCCUCUUCCACCUCUGCCACUCCAUCUGCGCCUCCUACUCUAAAAGACAACCCCACCUUGGCUGAGUUUGCCCCAAUGCUCACACAAGGGUGGGCAGAGAUCUUCAUACGCAGACCGUCAGGUAACACAAGCUGGCUAAUGUGUUUGGAGAAUCCACCUAGCCCUUUUUCUUCCGAGCUUGGCAACAUGCCGUUGCAAGAGCUCUCCAGUGUUCUGAUGGCAAUGGAGGGAGUGAAGGAACCUCCCACUCAGACAGCCAGUGCUCCUGCUAGCACAGCUGUCCCUGCUCCGACUCCUGUCUCUGAGUCCCUAACCCAAACAUACAGCAGUGUUGGAGGAAAGGCAAACCUGAUUCAGCGCUCCAACACAGACUCUGUCGUGGUGCUGGAGGAGGGAUCAGGAGUUUCUACAGCAAACACGCCGCCUGACUGGUUGGGGAGUGCAGAGUUUGAGCCAAUGUUGUCUGAUCCAAUCUUCAUAGCUGCUGAUAAGUUAACAAAGACUCCCCCUGAAACACUCAGCAGGUCCCCCUCCACCUCAAGUCAGGAUGAUGAAAAGUCAACCCUGGAAGAAGUAAGCGAGGGAGCAAUUCCAAUCGAUCAGCCCCCUUUUGGACCAUCCACUCCAGGAAGCCAGGGGCCUGAUCUUCCUUUCCAGACACACACUCAGUCCCAGGGUCAUGGACUCAACAAGUCCAGCUCCUCUCCUGAGCUCCAGACAUUACCUGAAGCUUUUGCCAAGGCUGCUAUGGAGUCAGAAAGUGCGAUGGUUGACACGUCACGGCCUAGAGCACCCUCAGACGGCAAGCCUCAACCCCAGCAGCCCCAGUUUGAGAAAGAAAAGGUGGAGGGAAACACUGGAGUGGACACUAAUGUAGCGGGAGGUCCAAGCCCAGCAGGUGAAGGGCAAGCUGUUUCGUCAUCUCAGAGUGGAGGAGCGGGGAUGAGGUUGUCUUUUCCACCAGCACCAGUACAAUCUGGACCCAUCUCACCCAGUGGAGGCCACCGGCCCAGAGGUCACACAAUCUCAGUCUCAGCCCCCUCCUCCAGGAGGGAGAGGAGGACUGAGAGGGACGCUUACCACAGUCGACCUGGUCCCAGCAACACUGAGAAAAUCUCUGGACUGAGCCCCAGCUUUGUGUUUCUGCAGCUCUACCACUCUCCUUUCUUUGGGAAUGAAGCCAACAAGCCACUUCUGCUGCCCAAAACUCAGGUGAUUGACCGUGCGGUAAAGGUUCUGGACCAGAUGCCGCCUUAUGACACCCAUAAAAUCGGGGUGGUGUUUGUAGGAGCUGGUCAGGUUAACAAUGAAGUCGCCAUCUUGUCGAACGAGUACGGUUCGAACCGCUACGCCUCUUUCCUCACGGGUCUUGGCAAAUUAAUCCAUCUGAAAGACUGUGAUCCAGACCAGAUUUUCCUUGGAGGGCUUGACCAGUAUGGAGAUGACGGAGAGUUCACCUACUGCUGGCAUGAUGACAUCAUGCAGGCUAUCUUUCACAUAGCCACACUGAUGCCAAACAGGGAGAGCGACAAGGGUUGCUGCAACAAAAAGCGACACAUUGGCAAUGAUUUUGUCAUGGUGGUGUACAAUGACUCUGGAGAGGAGUACAAACUGGGCACAAUCAAGGGUCAGUUUAAUUUUGUAGAAGUCAUUAUAAAACCACUGGAUUAUGAAUGUAACCUCGUUACCCUCCAGUGCCGCAAAGACCUCGAGGGAUUAGUAGACACAACGGUGGCAAAAAUAGUUUCAGAUCGAAACCUUCCCCUGUUAGUCAGGCAGAUGGCUCUGCAUGCAAAUAUGGCCUCUUUAGUGCAUCAGUACAGAGCUAACCCCUCUGACGCAUACGCUUCUAAGUGGCUGGCAAGGUUACGACACAUCAAGAGGAUCAGGACCAGGGCUCAAGAAGCCAUCCAGUCUCGCUCGACUCCCGGGAUUUCACUGACGCAAGGGCAGAGCAAACCUUUGUCACAGAGCAGUGCUCCAACAAAUGUGGAAGCCACCGGACAACGAAAAAGACUGGUGUCCACUGUAGAUGAUUUCACAGAUUUUGUUUAAUUUCUCGACAAGAAAUUAAACAAAGACGAGACAAAAGUAUGUGAACUGAAUAAAACAAAGUAUAAAAACUUA